AUGGAACCAAAUCAGGUGGUGGUCUCAGAAAGCUCCGAUGAAGCAAUAGACACCGUCCAAGAACGAAAUACAACUCAAACAACAGGUCGAUCAUACGAAUGCACCUUUUGUAAACGAGGUUUCACCAAUGCACAAGCACUUGGAGGUCAUAUGAAUAUCCACCGUAAGCACAAAGCUAAGUUGAAAGAAUCCUCCUUCUCACCACCACCAAACGCCGCCGCCACCGCCACCACGACCACCGCGAUCAGUCCGUUUUCCAUUUCUACUCAAGGGAAGAACAAACCACUUUCGCUUUUUGGGGGUGGGUCGUCUGAUUCGACAGAAAAUGCAACGAAAGAUGAUCCACCAUCGCCGGCGCUGGAACUAGACCUCGAGCUCAGGUUAGGACAUGUCGAAUCGCCGGGAAACAAGAUUACUGCUACCAGGAAAUUUUUCUAA